UGCUAACAGGCUAACGAGGAAACUCACAGCGCCGCAGACCCGCCGGAUAAUUUGAAGCUCGGCACUGCGGACAACAGUUGUAAAACAGCCCCACACCGCCUCACUGACGGCAGACAUGGCUGACAAGGCGCCUCAGAAGUCUGAUGCUCCCUUCGCCAGCAGGCUAGACCCGACCAAGGAGGGUCUCUCUAAGGAGCAGCUGCACUUCAUCAGACAGGUAGAGCUGGAGCAAUGGAAGAAGAAAACGGCCAAGCUGCGGACACGGAACGUAGUGACGGGACUCGCCAUCGGAGCGCUCGUUCUGGGCAUCUACGGCUACACAUUUUACUCAGUGUCCCAGGAGCGGAUCAUGGAUGAGCUCGAUGAGGAGGCCAAGCGUGCGAGACUGCAGGGACCAAAGACUGGUGCCAACUGAGAUGAAUGCGUUGCCUGCCUUUUGUUGGAUUGUGUCUGUGCUGCAGUUAUCCAAGAUGGGACUUAUGAUGCCACUGAUUCAUAUUCCACAACUGGCUGCCGUUUGUUUUGUUUUUUUUUUUUUGUUUUUUUUUAAAUGGUGGGACUAAACUGGACUUUGUUUUGUCCUGAUUGUGGAAGGUAAAUGUGUGCUUCUUCUGCUGACUUAAAUCUAGAUGUGUCUUGAUCUCAAUUAGGCUUUCCGUCAGCGGAAAGGAUUAGUCCACUGACCUCAACAUGACCUUAUGUGCUACACAAAAGGCGCAGACUGUAGCAUAAUUACCACCUCUUAGCUGAAGUUUCCAGCCCUGAUCAUGUAUUGUCCGUGCAGCGUGGGAGGAGUACACACCAGAUCAGUCGGCUAAUGACUUUAAAUCUACAGUGGCCUUCAACAAUGGACAACGCCAGAGACCCUACGGAAAUGAAUCAACAUAAUGAAAACUGUUAUUUAUGAUGGUAAAGUCGUGAUUUAUAAAAUAAAAUAGCUGAUGUAUUAUAA